GUGUAAUGAAAUGAGUCUUCCAUAUAUUCUAAACGCUGCAAUCGUCAUUGCGUCUGGUACAUAUCUAUUGAUAAAUUAUUGUACUUGAAUAAAUUUACCAUGGGUACCAAAGGUAUAAAGAUUGCAGAGCUAUUUACGAAAACUAUAGCUGCCACUAAAGGUUUUGAUCAAAAUCUCAGAAAACUUAAGGUAACUAGCUGUGGUAACGGGAGCAUGGUGACUGAGUUCCAAGUGGGACCUGAACACCUUAAUCAAAGAGGCACACUACAUGGUGGAUUCAUUGCACAUUUAGUAGAUGCCAUCUCAACAUAUGCUUUAACAACAAAUGAAAAUGUUGAUACACGAGGAGUUUCCAUAGACUUAAGUUUAAGUUUCUACAGUGCAGCCAAAGAAGGAGACAAUAUUGAAGUAGAGGCCAAAACUCGUAAAACUGGAAAAAAAAUUGCAUUCCUCGAAGUUGAAGUUCGGAACAAAGACAAAAAUCAAGUCUUGGCUUCAGGCAGACACACCAAAUAUAUUGGUAUUUAGUGCAAUUGUAUAAAAAUUAAUUUGUAAAUGUAGUGUAAGUAGAUUGAUGGCAAAUAAAUAGAUAAUAAAAUGCUAU